GGAGUGGGGGUACAGAAUUAAUUUGUUCUAAUAUGACCGGUGAAGUUGCUGCCUUGGAGUAAUUAGUAAAGUUGGUGCCAUGUAACGCCUCUUGCAGAGAUGUAGGAUAAGACUGCGUACAAUAGACCUUUGUGGUCCGGCCUUUUUCGAACCCCGCGCAUAGCGGUAACUUGAUGCACCGGGCUGCCUUUUUCUAAUGUUCAAGCUAGCUUUCCAUGAUUACAGUUUUAUCAUGGAUUUCAUAUUUAUCUCUUGAGUUGAAGUAUCCAGUGAAUAAAAAAGGAAACUUGAUGUUUGGCAUUUGAUUUGUACACCAAAAAAAGGGGGCUUUCUUUUUCUAUUACCUUUUCUCUAAAUAAGCUAAUAAAGGCUGAUUAGUUGAUUGUAAUUGAGAGGUAUUUGCUUUUCUUGAUAUGCUUCUGACUCUAUGGUAAACUUGCUACUGCAAUUAAUAUUUUUAUGACUCAUUUGAAAGUUAAAGAUUGAUUAACUCCUAGUUCAUUUGCUAUUUUUCUAUUUGUUUUCUAGAUGUGAGUUAGUUAUAUUUAAUUUUCACUUUUUUCUUUCCUUAAUUACAAGCUGCAAACCUAACUUCUCUGAUGUAGGGCCUCUUUUUAGUGUUCUCUUUUUUCUGCCUAAUAUGUCUAGUUUCUCUCCAGACCCCACUAGUGGGAUUUCACUGGGUCGUUGUCGUUGUUGUUGUUGUCUAGUUUCUCUGUGUGGCUGUCGAAUGAAUCGAACUUUCCUAGUUCAAGAGAAAUGAGGAAAAAGAAAGAGUUUCGCUUGGUUGGCCUUCCUACGCUGACGAAUGCCUCUUUUCUCUUCUCUGAAAUCUACAACAAACAAGUGGGAGUGGGAGGAUUCGAACCUACGUAGAAAAACUUCAAAAGAUUUACAGUCUGCCGCCUUUGACCACUUGGCCACUCUCCCGUUCCCGGGCCGAGGCCCCCCUCAACGGGUUCUAAUUCUAAGAAGGCCUAUGAAUUAGUUCCAAGAAAGCGGCCGUUCACGUCAGGAAUAGAGGCCGUUAAGGAUGUACUUGCUUUUCCUGUUUUUCGUAGAGAUUGGGUUGGUUAAACUUUUUCUUAACUAAUGUAGUUUAUUGUUAUAUAUGGAAAUUAUGUCUUGGUGAAGAGAAGAGAAUGUUAUUAGAGAUGAACCCUCUGCGAUUCCGGGAUUGUUAACUUUUUUCUUAACUAAUGUAGUUUAUUGCUAUAUAUGGAAAUUAUGUCUUGGUGAAGAGAAAGGAAUGUUAUUAGAGAUGAAUCCUCAGCGAUUCCGGGAUUGUAGAAAAUAAGUAUCAAGUUUAGAAACCCUUGGAUGUUAUUAUCCGGAGAAUGAUUUCCAAGAUGGAUGGUUCUGUUUGUUAUAUAGGUUUUGCUGACACAUCACGGAGUAGCAAAUCUUUCUCGAGUUCUUCAGAUUUAACAUUGUCAUUCGCUGCUGAAAGAAGCGCUACUCCUUGAGAUAUUGUGACUACUUGUAGUUGAGAGAGAUUUGCUAAUCUGGAUGUCUUAUCUUCACUAAGAUAGCUUUCCUCCAAAACGGUUGUUUGAAAUCACUCUUCAUCUUCUUAGUCAUUUUGAUAUUCCAGAUGCAAGCAUCCCAACGACCUCAAAUGUCUGGCGGCGUCCAUGGAUUAUACAAUCAGCCAGUGCAGCAAGGUCAGCAAUAUUACGCCCCUUACCAUUUCAAGAACAACAAUUGCUAUAAUACUAGCUCAGUGACACAGUUUGCUUUUCAGACUCAGAAUGAACAUUUCUUCACUCUGGAUUCAUUGCCUGCUACUGACUAUGUUGUAUACGAUUCACCUCCUGCCUUAAGUGUCUCUUCCAACAGGAGUCCGUUAUCUCCGCAAUGUUCACAGUCAUACAUGUCUGAUCUGCAUCAUUCCUCUGAUAACAACACUUGUGGUUCACCUUUCAGUGGGUGUUCAGGAGUUGAUGAUGGUGACCUGAAACAUGUGCUUCGGGAGCUGGAGAAUAAAUUACUGGGGCCUGAAUCUGAUACUGACGACAGCUGCAGUUGCUCCUUCAAUGAUGUGGUCUCGAAACCUUCUUCCUUGACAAGGUGGAACCGAGUGUUGGACAUGGCCCCCAGCUUGAACCUGAAAGAGUUGCUCGAUGCCUGUGCUGAAGCAGUGUCAGAUGCUGAUAUCUCAACUGCUGAAGUUCUUAUGAAUAUUUUAGAGCAAAGGGUGUCAGUCUUUGGGGAACCUAUGGAACGAUUGAGUGCAUACGUGUUGGAAGGGCUUAGAGCACGACUACUAUCGUCAGGAAGCAUCAUAUACAAAAAAUUGAAGUGCAAAGAGCCGACUAGCUCGGAGUUAUUAUCUUAUAUGCAAGUCAUCUAUAACAUGUGCCCAUACUACAAAUUUGCUUAUAUGUCUGCAAAUGUCGUCAUCAGGGAAGCCAUGACGAAUGAGAACAGAGUCCAUAUCAUUGAUUUUCAGAUUGCACAGGGAAGUCAGUGGAUGUUCCUCCUCCACGAUCUUGCUCGUCGGCCUGGUGGACCCCCAUUUCUCCGCAUUACAGGUGUUGAUGAUUCCCAAUCAGCUCAUGCACGAGGUGGAGGACUUCAGCUAGUAGGUGAAAGGCUAGCAGAAGUUGCCAAGUCAUGCGGAGUACCUUUUGAAUUCCGCGGUGCUGCACUAUCAGGCUGUGAGGUCCAACUAGAGAAUCUUCAUGUUAGGCAUGGAGAAGCGCUGGCAGUAAACUUCCCUUACAUGCUGCACCACAUGCCGGACGAGAGCGUAAGCACGAUCAACCAUCGAGACCGCCUAUUAAGACUAGUUAAGAGUUUGUCUCCCAAAAUUGUGACCUUAGUUGAACAAGAAUCGAACACGAACACCGCCCCUUUCCUUCCAAGGUUCCGUGAAACUCUUGAUUACUAUACAGCAAUGUUCGAGUCAAUUGAUGCAGCUCGCCCUAGGGAUGACAAGCAGCGGAUCAGUGCAGAGGAGCAUUGUGUGGCACGGGACGUUGUCAACAUAAUAGCAUGUGAGGGGGCCGACAGAGUGGAAAGGCACGAACUUUUUGGAAAGUGGAGGUUGAGACUUAUGAUGGCCGGAUUUACUCCAUGUCCAUUGAGUCCAUCAGUUGGCGAGACCAUCAACGGCGUGUUGAAGGAGUACAGCCCAAAUUACAGGUUUGCAGAAAGCGAAGGGGCACUCUAUCUUGGAUGGAAAAAUAGAGCUUUAGCAACUUCUUCUGCCUGGAGAUGACAACUUGUUGCCUACUAUUGUCAAACAUCUGUACAUUUUUGCCAUAUGAUCUCGACGUUUAUCUUGUUGAAGACUAGAAGAGUGUAUUUUUAACCCUUUUCGUCUCAUAUACAAAGCUCGGAGUAUGAAAUCUUAGGUUUUUACAUGCCAGCACAGGGAGGAAUAUCGCGAGUCUGAAAUAGAUUCCAUGUCUCAACAUCUGGUUUUUGUCAUUUUUCUCCAAGUUUAUUGGUUUUUCUCAACUAGAUCUUGAGCUCUAUCUGCUAAUGUUUGUAUAAAUGAAAUCCAGUUUCAGCCUCUUCUAAUUGAGUACUAGGUUUCUUGUUUU